GCCCGCUGUGUCCAUGGAGGCUAAGAUGGGAGGAGCCGGUGCAGCUUUGGGGACAGGGAGAGCAGGGCAGUGCCCUGCAGAGUGAGUGGCGCCCAGCUCUCGAGAAGAGGCUGGGUGGGCGUCGGUGGUGGGCGGACCCUGGGCGGUGCACAGAGCGGCACUAGCGGAGUUACUGCGGGCGGGGCGCUUAGUCCCGCCCCCGUGGAGGCGGCAGAGGAGCCCGAGCCUGGCCGCGGGCUGGGCCCCGCAGGAGCUCCCGCCAGCCGACUUGGUCCUGCGGCCCCUGGUCCAGGCGGCCCGGCCCUGGCCGCGCCCAGCCCCCGCCAUGUCACCCACGGGGCUUCGUGGGGUCACGCCGCUCGCUGCGAUCGCCCUCUUGGUGCUGGGGGCUCCUCUGGCGCUGGCCGGCAAGGACUGCCUGUGGUACCUGGACCGGAAUGGCUCCUGGCAUCCGGGUUUUGACUGCGAGUUCCUCACCUUCUGCUGUGGGACCUGCUACCAGCGGUACUGCUGCAGGGACCUGACCUUGCUUAUCACUGAGAGGCAACAGAAGCACUGCCUGACCUUCAGUCCCAAGACCAUAGCAGGCAUCGCCUCUGCUGUAAUCCUCUUUGUUGCUGUUGUUGCAACCACCAUCUGCUGCUUCCUCUGUUCCUGUUGCUACCUGUACCGACGGCGCCAGCAGCUCCAGAGCCCUUUUGAAGGCCAGGAGAUUCCAAUGACAGGCAUCCCAGUGCACCCAGUAUACCCAUACCCCCCGGACCCCAAAGCUGGCCCUGCACCCCCACAGCCUGGCUUCAUGUACCCACCUAGUGGUCCUGCUCCCCAGUAUCCACUCUACCCAGCUGGACCCCCGAUCUACAAUCCUGCGGCUCCUCCCCCCUAUAUGCCACCACAGCCUUCUUACCCAGGAGCCUGAAGAACUGGUCAUGGCUCUGCUGCCCCUUCAGUGAUGCCAGCCUCGGAGAUGCCCCAUCCUGUACCUGCAUCCAGCCCUGGGGGUGGGUAGGGGGUCUUCUAGUCACCAGGCCUCAGACCAAGCUACACCCUGGACCCUGCUGGAGACAGAACCCCAGAGAAGUGGAACGGGAGCUGAGCUGGCACUAGACCAUGAGUGUGGGGUACGUAGGGAGGCUUUGGGGUUGGUAGGCUCUUUAUUGGGGGGUCAGAGACAAAGGUGUCAGCCUGGGGUAACUGCCCCUGCUUUCAAAUAAUCCCCCUGCUCCCAGGAUCCCAAUCAGAAAGGCAGGGGCCCCUCCUGUUUGCCCACUUUGGGCUGCAGUGGGGACCAUGGGUGGCUCCAACAACAGUUGGCAGUAGCCCUUCCUCUCUGGCUGCCACACUGGCCAGGGAUCUGGCCUGCUGGAUUAAAAGCUGUAAAGAUGUAA